AUUAAGACAACAUGAAUAUGUUUAUUUAGACACUUCUGUAGUUGAAAGUUAUUCUAGGAAAAGUAAUUAUUUGUCAAUUGGGUGGGUGAUUAUAGAAUAAUUGAUAAGCAAUUGUUUGUUACUUAUAUCAGAUUCAUGAAGAAGAUAUUUCGAUACUUUCAAAUGUAAUUAAUACAAGAACAAAUAUUUCUUUCAUUUUAGGAUCAACAUGACUGAAAAUUGAGAAUUGAUUGAAGUGAGAGACGAACGACAAAGACAUUCAACAACAUGGAUAUGUCAAUUGAACGAAAUUCUAUCACUGAACCUGUUGAGUUGUUGGAGAAGGAUAAUGAAAUAUCAUCGAAACUUGAAACAAUGACAAAUCAAGUUGAAGUUGUAGAAUCAACAAAAUCUCCCGACGAAUGUUUGACGAAUGGAAAAGUUUUAAAUGGUGAUGGAAGUGAUAGCGGUGUAGAAACUGGAGCAUCAACAGUAGUGAAUGGAGUUCUUCAGCGAGCCUUAUCGAGUAAUAGUGGUGGAUAUGCCAGCAGUUCUGGUGGAAUAGAAGAUAACAUUGGUCCAGUGUCAUGUAAUUCAAGCAUGAUCAGUUGUUGUUCAGAUACAUGUGAAAAGACAAACAACACGAUCAUAACUCAAAAUGGAAAUGAUUGUUGUGCCAGCGAAGGUGGAAGUGAAUCUUCAUCAAUAACUGGCGGUCCAACUGUGAGAAAAUUUAACUGCACGAACAAGAAGAAAAUUGCAGUCAAGGAAGUUUCCUUGAACAAAUCCCCAAGAAAGUCAAAUGAAAUGAAUCCAAAUAUACGAAAACCAACUGUCAGCCGUUCCAAUACUCUUCCGUCGAAAUCUGUCGCUCCAAACUUAAUCGUUAGAGAACGGGCAAGGUCACGUGAUAAAACAAAGCCAGAACCGAUGAAAAGUCUUAUGACGACAUCUUUAACACGUUCAAUGUCAGUUAAACGUCCACCAAAGCCUGAUUCCUUCCCAACAAGUAUCAAAGACAUGAGUCUAUCAAUGUCGAGUCCUCGUGUUAAUUUAUCACGUACUCCGUCAUUGACAAGACAUCGAACGCCUUUAUCAACACCAACACUAACUGAUGAUGGACGAUGGCCAUCAAUUUCGAAUAGAAAUUUAAGAAACAUUCGUGGAAGUUCCGUCACUCCUGAAAGUUUAAUUAUAAGAACUCGCAUUGGAAAUAUUCAAUUAGAUAAUAACAAGAUGACAACAUCGUCGACAUUGGAUAAAUAUGGAACAUUGCCACGACGUCGUAAAGAAAAAUCUGUUGAAGAUCUCACUAAGACGGGAUCAAGAAGUAGUUCAAUGACACGAGAUUCGCUGCCAAAUCGAAUGACGUCUUCAAUGAUUAAAAGACUUCCUUCGAAAGACAAUGUUUCAUUGACACCAAACAAAUCACUUCCUUAUUACCCGAAAAUUGCCAAGAAGCCGCUUGUUUCAAAGACGAAAAUCUUCCAUGAGACUUCAGUUCAAACUGCAUUAACAAGCAAAGAUCUUGAGAAUGCAUUAGCGGGAAAUGUUGAAAAUAUGCCACGAAUUGAUGCCGUCGAAACAGUGACCAAAGAAACUCAAUCUGAUAUACGUGAUAAAGAAAUGGAGAAGCUUCAACUGCAACUUGAUCGAAUGAAUGCUGAUCAUACGCAACUGUUGAAUAAAUUCGGUGAAAAGUCGCAAGUUGUUGCGCAGUUGGAACAAGAAUUGUUGAAAGAGAGAGAAGAAAAGUUAACAGUUCAAAAGGAACUUCAAAAUAACACAGAACGUGUCAUGAACAUGUUGGAGACAUUCCAAGCUGGAUCAGUAGCUGAGAAGGACGGCGGUGACAGUUUGUUGAUGCUUGAAUCACAACUGGCACUUUCGGGAAAUGUUCUUGAAAAGCAACAAGAAGAGAUCAUCAAACUUCAAGGUAUUUGUCGUGCAAUGCAGCGUGACAUGGAGAAAUCAUUGCGGAUUCAAGAUAAUUUAAUUAAACAGAAGAAUGAGUUGGAAGAAGAAUCAACUGAACUGCAAGACUUCCUUCAAGCAGAGAAAGUUGCAUUCAUGGAGGCAUUGAAAGAAGCGGAGAGCGAGAAUAAGCACAAUAAAAUUAAAAUAGCUCAGAGGGAAUCAGAUUUAGAGCGACAACAAGAGGAAUGUCGAGCUUUGGUGAGAAUUUGUGAACAGAGACGACAAGAGUAUCUCGGGAUGCAAACCAAGUACAAUGCUUUAGAGAGUCGAAGUAAAGAGCUUUUGUUGUCACAAAGUUCAGCUGUAUCAGGAGCAAAUGCGGCACUUUCUGGCUUAGGCAAUCGACUUGAAACUCUUGUUGAGCAGCUCAUAACGUCGUAUAACAUUUCUGAACAUGAUUUAGAGGACAUAGUUUUCUUCAAUGAUGCUUAUUCAAACAGUAACAGCGAAAGUCCCGAAUAUGAGUCACCGUCAACAUCAUGUGAAAAGUCGCCAACGAAAGGUCAAUCAUUCUUGACUGCCAUCAUCAAUGCAAUUCGAAAUGCAACGACAUCAACAACAAAGACAAGCAAUGAAAAGAAGGAAAUGGUUGAAGAAGAUGAAGAUUCAACUGAAAUGCUUGAUUCUGAGACAGAGCCGUGUUUGAUAAUGGAUAAUGCGCUUGAAGAUGUUCAAUUGCCUGAUUCACAUUCACAGCAUUCACAGAAUCUUGUCUCGUCAUCGCAGAUUAUGAUUUCACAAAUUGAAGUUCCUUCAGAGAUAUUCAAGACUUCAUUGAACGAUGACGAUGAUGGUUCGUUGGAUAAUUUAUCUCAAGCCAUUGCAAAUCGACGACAAAUUGAGCUUCAAACUGGUGCGAUGGCGACGAGAUCUGCUUUAAGACAAGACCAAAGUAACACAUCUGAUGACAUCAGUUGUGGUCAAGAGUCUGUUGCUGAAGUUCCAUCCAUUGGUGAUUUCUGUACAGCUCAAGCUCUUGUUGAUCAAGUCAUUUGUGUUGACAACUCAGUAACGAAACUCUUGAAAGUUCUACGAAUCAUCCAGAUGGAUAAUGAGAACUGCAUUCAAGAGUUGGUGACAGAUAAAAAUAGGAUUCAGGUGAAGAAGGAAGAAACUUUGGAUAAAGUUAACGAAUGGGAGAUGAUUAAUCAAAAGUUAAAGUCCGAGUUGAGAGAAUCAGCUCAGCAAUUGAUUGCUACAAGCAAUGAGCUGAUGAAUAGUCGAGCUGAGUUGCAAAAGCAUCGUCAAGAGAUUGACCGCUUGAAUGAAGAUAUUUGCAAUCUUAGCACAUUGUGCAGUGAGAAGAACGCUAAUGACACGAACAAAAUCGACAAAGAUGAGAUUUUGAAUGCAUUGAAGACUUGGCAAGAAACUGGAUGCACUCCAGAUUGUGAUAUUGUUUCGAAUGUUGUGAAAGCUUGUCGAGAGAUUCCAUUAUUGAAAGAAAAACUUCGUGAAAAGGAACGUCAAUUGCUUGAGAUUGCCAACAACGCAUCAAAUUCAAAUGACAUCAUGACAAGUAGUUGGCAUCAAGCGAUGGCAGAAGCUAAACGACAAUAUGAAGCUAUCGAUAGCGCUCUCGAGACUUUGAACAACAUUCAAAAUAUUGUUAAAGAUUGUCCGGAGCUUGCUAAAAUGCAACGAGAUCUCGAAGAAACUAACUUCAAUACCAUUAACAGUCUACCGAUAGCACCGGUGAUGCUUUCUAAUGGAAAUUUAAUGUCAGCUGAUUUGAAUGCUAAUGAAACGACGAUUAACAAUGAUAAUGCUCAGAUCAUUGACUCAACUGCUUGAUAAAUUUCAUUGUCUGAUAAUAUGAAGAAAGUGACGAGUGAUACUUAAAAAUGAAUUUUGACAUGCUUGAUAAUCUUAAAAUGUCGGAAUGAAUGAAAUAUUCCUUCCAAAAGUGAUUAAAUAUUCUAGAAGGGAGAAGUUCAACAAAAAAGAAAAACAUAAAAAAUCAUGUGUAAUCGAAUGAAUAUGAAAUGAGAGUUGCAAAAUUAUUUUUAUUUUAUCUUUUUAACUUUUAACAGAGUUACGUACGUUACUCUUCAACGUAAACUUACGUUACGUAAAUUUACGUUCAACGUCAGCACAAACUUUUCCUUACGUUUCUUUAACUUCUAUCGAUUUGCUGCUUAAACCGCUUAGAAAUUAUAUGGUGAGGAAUAUUUGAAUGUAAUAUCUUUUAAAUUCUUCAAAUAAAUCCUUUUGUUACUCGCACCGACUUUCAGUAAAAUUACCAGCAAACCAAAUUCAUAAAAUUUCUAUUAAAAAAGAGCUUUGCAAUGAAGACUGACAAUGAAUGUUUUGAAUGGAUAUGGCGAGCUUUUUUCAACCACGUAAAAUCAAAAAAAAAAAAAGUUUAAAGAAAUGAAGAAGAAUAUUGGUGUUAAUAUUUAAGAGCUCUCUUAAAAAUUUAAUGAACCUUUUCAUCAUUAAGAUUUUCAGAAUGCUUACCUCAGUUAAGUGUUUUUCUUCUUUUUAAAUUGCCUUUUAACUUAUUUUUCUUCUCGCUCGUCAAGCUUUUGCUUUCACGUUUAAGCGUUGAAGAAAAAAAAGGAAAAUUUUAAUUACAUUUACAGCUUGCAUUUCCCUCUUCUUUUUAUCUUUUUAUGUCGUUUUCAUCCCUUCGCAUUUUUUUUUCUUUUAAUUUUAUAUGCCAUAAAUAUUUUAAGGUUGUAAUUCUACGAGCUUCUAAUGUAUUUAACUUUCUUAAUGAAUGAUGAGAUUCGAAUCUAACACUUUUCUCUUUUUGUUUUUUUUUUUUGGUGUUUUAAGAACAUUUUGUGAAGAUAAUAAAAGUUUAAUUUCAUAAAGAAUAAACAUUUGGUUUUCUUGUUAUCAAUUCACUUCUUACAGCUUUCAUCAAUGUGAU